CCUUAUCCUCCGCACCCAGAGUCUUCCCUCACCCGCCGUAGCUUUUCCUUCGCUCCCGGUCGCUCGCUUCAGGGUCCAAAUGCUGGUGCACGAUUUCUCCCUACCUAAAACCCUAAACCCUUCUCUUCAUUCCUUCCAAUGGAAAACCUUGAAACGGCUCCCUGACCCUCACUCCAAAACCUUUCUUACCCAGAUUCCUUCUAAAACAAGCCCAAGAAAUCUCUCCAUUCAAGGAAUCUCUCACAAGAAUGCUACUCAGCGUCGAAAUGUCAAAGUUUUUGCCGGUCGGAGCAAGAAGCAACCUGGAGGUCCCUCCACCGGCCGAAUCGAAGGCGGCGCAGAGCUCCGGCGAGAAGCCAAGAGGAACGCUCGUAAGAAAAGCAAGAGAAUUGCUGAAAACCUGUUCUACCGCCUAAAAAACCCUAAUCGUAACCAUGCAGAUAGUUUCUCAGAGGAAGAGCUUCAAAUGAUCGGUCUUGGUUAUGACCGCAUGGUUCGGUUCAUGGAGAAGGAUGACCCUAAUCUGCGGCAUCCUUACGAUUGGUACAAGUACGGCCAGUAUGGUCCGUACUCGUGGCGUGGGGUCGUCGUCGGUGAUCCUAUCCCUGGUCGGAUCUCUGAUGAGUGCGUUUCCCUGAUUGGAGAAGUUCGGGAUCAGGAAGAAUGGGAGAAGAUCGAACAGUUCGACAUGGCGAACGAUUUUUCUCGGAGAUUGAAAGCCUUGGAUAGAUCAAUUGGGUUCAGGUAUUUCUGGGUUUUUGUUCGGCAUCCCAGUUGGAGAAUCACAGAACAGCCAUGGCAGCAGUGGACUCUGAUAUCCGAGGUCGUUCUGGAAGCCGGGAAACAGAGAUUAGACAAGUGGAAAUUAAUGGGCCGACUCGGAAACAGAGCUAGAUCUCUGAUCACACAGUGCGCAGCGUGGAUGCGGCCGGAUAUCAUCUAUGUUAAGAGGCCAGUGUAUCAGUGCAGGUUCGAACCGCAAGACAAUUAUUUUAGGGCUUUAGGACCUCUGCUCGACCCGAGCAGCGAACAGGACUACCUCUUCGAAUUGAGAAGUGAAGACGGUAGGGUUGAGCUGUGCACUUACUUUGGUGGGCUGUGUAAGAUUGUUAAGGUAAACCCAAAGGCAUUCGUGGACGAUGUGGUGAAAGCUUAUGAGAAGCUGAGCGACGAGGGGAAGUCGAAAUGCUUGGAGUUUUUGUUGUCGAACCAUCCCGUCCACCUCUUGCAUCCUUACACCAUGGAAUGGAAAGAGAAACUGGAGGAGAUGGAGUUGGGUUGUGAUGCUCCAGAUGAAGAUGAAGACGUUGUAGGUGAAACAGAGGUCACUGAGUGGAUUGAAGAUGAUAACGACGAUGAUGAUGACGAGGAGGAGGAGGAGCAAGAUGAAGAGGUAGUUAUGGACAUGGAAGAAGGGGACGAGGAUGCAUUGGGGAUUAAAGAAGAAACAUCGAGUGCGGAAGAGAAUGAGAAGUACUGGGAUGAAGAGUUCAAGAAGGCGGUUAGAAGCCCCGAGGCAAUGGAAAAUCUGGUUAAGCAAAGCGUAGAAGUGUCAACGGAGUUCUAUAAGAAACAACUGAGAGCUCUGGAGGAGCAGAGGAAGGAGGAGGAGGAGAGGAGUGGGGAAGUGGAAACUGAGAAAACGACGGAGAGAUUGGGGAGAGUGAAGGUGAGUGAAGAAGAGUGGAAGUAUUUGGGUUAUGGUCCCUGGAGAAAGAGGGUUAAGAAGAGUAAGAUCCCACCUGAGCAAUUCUUGCGGGUGGCAGUUCGUCCCUUCACAUACCGAAAUCUGGUGAAGGAGAUAGUUUUGACCAGACACGGGAUUCUGGAUGGAGAGAUCGAUGGGAGCGGCUGACGAAGCUUGGCGAGAUGGGUCUUUGAAUUACUGGCGUUGUGAUGAAGAUAAUGUCUGGA